CAGUUUGACACAAAUGACACUGGUUCCAUUGUCUUGUAUGGAGGUGGUGUCUUGACUGCUCUGUGGCUAACAACCGCCGUUGUGGGUGCAAUUGAUUCUAUCCCAUUGUUUCCUAAGUUGCUGGAAGUUGUUGGGCUUGCAUACACAGUAUGGUUUACUUCCCGUUAUCUGCUUUUCAAGCAAAGUAGAGAUGAACUGGCUACUAAAAUAGAGGAGGUAAAGGAGCAAAUUUUUGGUUCAGAAGAUAAUUGAUUCUCCCAAACGGAUGUAACAUUUGUGUUGCCACUUCAUGAUUGUACAGUAACAGUUACUUUUGGUUUAGUUGGGGGAGUGUGAUAUUAGUCUGCCCCGCACUGAGCCAUUACUCUAUAUGCAGCAUACAGUUAGUGUUGGUUGAGAAUUAAAAAUAUAGCCAGCAAGGUAUUU